GAGACGUUCGAGCUUCGGGGGAACGAGUCUUUUAUUGUUGGUUUUUUUAUAAUCCCAUAGGAGAAUGAGUCGUCUGCUCAAUUCGAGAAGAAUUUUGAAAUAUUGAGACUUGUACCAAUGAUAGAGAAUGAUCCUUACAAUGUAAGUAUCAUCACUGACUUGAGAUUAAUGGACUUUCAUGGAACACGGAAUCAGAUAUCUCCUUAUGCUAAGAAAGAGUGUGGAAUAACGAGUACUGAAAGGAUCAUUGGCGGGCGAAACGCAAAUCUUGGUGAUUACCCUUGGCAAGUUUUUCUAAGGAUCCAAACCAGUAAUGGUCUGAAGAUGUCUUGUGGGGGUUCCCUGAUUUCCGACAAAUACGUCCUGACAGCUGCUCACUGCCUCACGGCAGCCGCGGUUAAUGUCGUCAAGAUCACCGUAACGGUUGGGAGCGUGGAGAUAACGGAUUCCAAUCGCGGAAAAUCGGGUCUGCAAAUUGUUAGCACUGGAUGGAAGGUUCAUCCCCAGUGGGAGAACGAUGGAAUCGACCAUGAUAUUGGCAUCAUCACGAUCCCCAGCAUUGAAAACCAACAAGUCACUUGGACGCCAGUUUGCUUGCCGACAAAGACAACCGAGGAUGUUGAAGUGCCCUGCAUAACGUCUGGGUUCGGGAAAACAUCAGACGAUGAAGGUGACAAAUCAGAGAAGAGACUCAAGUUUAUUCGAACCAAGACUUUGGAUAAUGAGGAAUGCAAAAGGAGAUCAGCAUUCAUGUCAAUUUACCUGAAGCCGAGCAUGAUUUGCAUCGGCGGCGAAGGUGGACGAGAAACAGUUUGCUCGGGAGAUUCUGGUGGGCCCCUGGUGAAGCAAGAAUCUGGAAGAUUUGUGCUGAUUGGAAUCACUUCAUUUGGCGGGACGGAAUUAUGCGAAACUCCAGCUCCAAGCGCUUUUACCAGGGUUAAACAUUACUUGGAAUAUAUUUGCAAUGACACAGGAAUUUGUCAAUGAAAGAAAAUUUGCAAAGAUCCCGUUCUCGCAGUGGUAUUCAUAGCGUUGCAGUAAAACAGCGUGCUGAUGUUGACGUGAUAUUCUCACGAAAA